GUGUUUAUAUGGCCAACACCCGUGGCUCACUAGUUACUUCCUUAUCCACACGUGGAAGCAUUCCUGAGGCAAGUGCUUCCCACACAUUAUCAUAAUAUAACUUUCAUAUCAUCGAUAAUUAUUAAGGUUCUUUUUCAACUACUUCAACAACUUCAUGUGACAUUCUCUUUCUAGACCGAUAUGCUGAUUCUGACAGCAUUCUCGCAUUUUAUUAUUUGUAAGACGUCUUGUUCAGUCACUCGGAAUAAGAUAAGAUAAUGAUUGAGGUUAUUCUCCUAUUCGCUCUUAUGGAAGCUUCUGCCACUUGCGUUGCCACGUGGAACGGCUGACCGAUAAGGCUAUGUCUAUAUAUAUUUAUGCCCGACUUUAUUCUCGCCUAUAGUUAUUAUUUAAUCAUUUAUCUACUAUCUACGUUACUUGACCUUUAUUACGAAUAAUUAAGCAUAGGAUUAGCACUAGAAAGGGAUGGGGGACCCCUUAGGAGCAGUCAGCUCCAUCAUAGGCAUUGCCUCAUUUGGCCUCAAGUUCGCAACGACGCUACAGACAUACAUCGAGGCUGUAGCUGAUGCGGAAGAAAACUUACGGGGCAUUGCUUUAGAUGUCAGUGCAACGGCGUCCGCUCUAAAACAACUCGAUGAAUACAUGAGACCCGAUCAGAGUGGUAAGGCAAUUGCGAGUGAUUCGGGAGUGGAAGAAGUUGCACGACUCGCAUCGCAGUGCGAGCAAGUUUAUACUGUCAUCAUCUAUCUUAUCGCCAAGGCCGUCGGCGUGCCAAAGGACGACAAUGGCAAAGUGUCCCUUGACGCAUUAGACUUACACAGCUUAAACGCCCCAAGUCGAAUGCAGAAGCUCAUAUGGCCCUUCCGGGAAUCUCGUAUCAGAAAACAUCGGGAAGAGCUAAGAUGGUUAAAAUUUAGCCUACUUUUUCAUUUAGGACUCAUAGAGCUUGCAAAAACCAGAAAGAUGGGCCCAGCUAGAUCCCCCGAUGCAUAUGAGAGGGAAUUAGCCUUGCACGCCAAGGUGGAAAAGCUCCAUGCUAAAAUGGAAGCGUAUAUCAACAAGAUAACCUCCCGAAGGAGAAGGGAAAAGAACAAGGCCAGAAAGAAACCACCGACCGGGUCUUCCUCGAGUAUUAUAGAUGAGGUUAUAUCUCGAAGCUCGAGCUUCAAGCGGUCUAAAUCUCCUAACCCUGGAUUACAUUACGUAGUCGACAAUACUCCGAACGCACCGGCCAGGCUUCCCGGUAGUUCGGCAGUUGAAGAUAAUGAGAACCUAGAAAAUAAUGCUAGCCACCCCAAGCAAACCGAACCUCUUCAACAAUUUGCAGCUCAGGAAAUGACCAGCGCAAACCCUGCAGCCCCUCAGGCACAAAGACAUACCCAAAAUACCCAAAUAGACGCCCAAUAUUCUCCCUUGAACGUAGAUACUAGCCAACAAACGGCUCGCCCGAGGUCAUCAAAUGCCAGCAACGAGAAAGAGCCGGCUCCGCAAAAUAACCCAAUAGGACACGCCAGGGUUAAGGAAUGGUACACCCCCGAACCCUCGCCGGAAACCCUCGGUGCUUUUUCGUGGGUAUCGAGCCUAUUCAGGACGCGAGAUAGGUUUGUCCACGACUGGAAGAGCCAGGAGGUCGAGGGGUACCUCGUCGAAGGUGACACCGGCACCAUCCGCAAACUCCCCUUCAGCCGCCAGAAGCUGACGGAAGAAAUUACGCGAAUCACUAAGUCAAGACAAGGCGACGUAUGGGCACAGUAUGCAUCAUUCACUUCCGCCCAGCGAGAAAUCGUAGAUCGAGUGAUGGCAGAAGCAAACCGUUCAAGUCACCGCGCCAGGUCCUGUGUGGCGAUAAGCCAGCAGCUCGGGUGGAGUCAGGGGCAAUCUUAUAUUGCCGUAUUUUUCUCGCUGUCCGCCGUCCAGCCAGUCCAUGUCAAAUUUGGCGUAAAAUAUUUCCAGUUCGCGUUCGAACUAUGUCGUACAUGGGAGGGCAUAGACGGACUCAUCAGGCAGACCGUACACGAGAUAAAUAUUCCCAAUUCUUACUUAAUAGGGGGUAGGUACGAGCUUAGGGGCCUUGAUGGCAACGUCAUCCCGCGCGCGAUGUGGCGCACUGCCGUCCAUCCUGGCCUCGUUGUGUUUAUAACCAUCCCGCAGUCUAUAUCGAAGUCCACAUCGAAGUCCACAUCGAAGUCCAGAACGGGUUCAUUCAGUGACGAAGAGGAUUCGGGCUCAGUAGUGUUAACUGAGGAUUUAGACCUUCGUUUGCCGGCUCCGGGGUUUGGUCAUAGAGUGCUGCGCCGGAUUAAAGACAAGUUGUUCCGUAGCCACACCAGAGCGUUAACUGAGGUAAUGAGCAAUGGAAGCAGUUCAUCGGUGGGUUCCGCGGAGUCGCCACCAGCCCCCGUAGUCCGGAGUACCUGGCAUCCUGAGUCAGACAACUUGAGGGCUGCAGAGACGGUGGUAAAGGAAAAGGCGAGGAGAGGGGUUAAGAGAGAGGAGGAGGAGGGCGAAGACGAGGAAGAAGACGUCGACAUCAUUAACUUCGAGGAAGAGAAAAUGCAUGCAAGGCUUGGACUAGCCGCCCAGCUGAACAUGUGGACUACCGUGUUUGACACCGUGGAGAACAACAAGAAUGGCGAGGACGGACUCUAGCUUAGGUACCUAAAUUUUGCUUUUCGGGGCGGCGUAACAGGUAUCACAACUAUUGUCAUACAAUCUCACUAUUAGAACUCGAGUCUAUAGAACAUAUCCGUAACAAUGCAUAUGUAUUCAAUAUAUACUCACAUGCCUAACGCAAACGCAUGUGCACAAGGGCUAUC